AUGUCGAACUUUCCAUCUCUGCUUGCCAACUUCCGAACGAAUUUGCCACGCCGAGUCCUCGAGGAUAUCAAGGGCAUACCUACUGCAAAGUUCUUCGGAUACGGUCUCGCUUCAGACGCGGAGAAUCUGGUUGACAUCAGCUAUACGAUACAAAAACAGCACGUGUUGUCACAAGUCGCGGAUAUCUUGAUUGAGAUUAGCAAACACCCCUUCCCGAAAGCGGGGUCUCUCAUCCUCGAUGAUGAUGGAGAUCUAGAAGUGUCCGCUGUUAGCGAUUGUUUCGUAAGUCUAGGCCGACACGGGCCAUGCGAUACGGCGCUCGACUACUUUACAAGUAUGGCAGAACAACACGUUGAUGUUAUCGCCGACGGACAGGAAUACUUCCAGUAUCUAAGACUAAGAGAAGCGUAUCUGUGUUUCCGGACGCUUCGAGAUCAAGCUGGACCCGAAUUAGCGGCGCGAGAGAAAGAGAAGCCAAGUAGCUUCUACUUGAAGCAUGUCAAUGACAAAGGGGAUCAUCUCCUUGUUGAUGAGGAGUAUACGACCACUGGUAUUAUUGAUUGGCAGCUCGCGCGCACCGUACCUGCCUGCGAGGCUUUUGGCCCGUCACUCAUAACGGCCAGCCUCGACAACCUCUACUCGAAAGAUGCGGGGCUUACGGAUGACGAUGUUUUCUUAGCGCAACAGUUGGAGGUGAAAGGGAGGGCAGAGUUAGCUAAAUAUAUGGGGGUUGACGAAUUGGUAAGGAGGUUUAUGUUUGGGCUUGCGAGUGGACUGUAUCGGAGUGAGAUCUUGGGAGUUCUUGGUGGACUUCUAAAGGCUUGUGGAGAAGAGUGCAUUGAUAUUGAAAGUUGGAUCGCUAAACAAUGA